CGCAGGUCGUGUUUUCAUUCCGGUGGACUCGCACUGUUUGACGGGAAACCGCUGUUGUCUGUGUUUAUCCCACGAUGGAUAAUCUGGAGGAGGAUCUGACGUGUUCGGUGUGCUACGGUCUCUUCACUGACCCGAGAGUGUUGCCCUGCUCCCACACCUUCUGCAAGAGCUGUCUGGAGAACGUGCUGCAGGUCUCCGUCAAUUUCUCCAUCUGGCGUCCCCUCCGUCUGCCGCUCAAGUGCCCCAACUGCCGCAGCGUGGUGGAGCUGCCUACGAACGGCGUGGACGCGCUGCCGGUCAACGUGUGCCUGCGCGCCAUCGUGGAGAAGUACCAGCGCGACAGCCGUCCCCGAUCCCCCUCCUGCCCCGAACACCCUCGACAGCCUCUGAACGUCUACUGCGUCCAGGACCGCAAGCUCAUAUGCGGCUUCUGUCUGACGAUCGGCCAGCACCAGGGCCACGCCAUCGACGACCUCCAGACGGCCUACGUGAAGGAGCGCGGCGCCCAGAGCCGGCUGACGGACAAGCUGAAGGGCCAGCGCUGGGAGGAGAUGUGCGGUUUGGCCGAACGCCUGCAGCAGGAGAAGGUUCGGAGCCAAGCUUUGGUUGAGAACGACCGUGAGGUCGUGUCACGAUAUUUCCAGGCCCUCGACCUCAUCCUGGCCCAAAAGGAGGAGCAGUUCACGCAGGCUCUGGACCGGGCGAGCGCUCUGCUGUCUCGUGCUUACGAGCCGCUCAUCCAGCAGGUUAAGGACAUGCAGGAGGAACACAGCGAGCUGACGUCCCUCAGCUCUGGCGUGGAGAACGAGGAUUGUCCGUUGGCUUAUCUGGAGAAGGCGCAUGAGCUGAGGGAGCGCGUGAACGCGUUGAUUCAGACGCCGCUGCCCGAGGUUCCCAGCCUUCACGUGGCUCCGCGAGCAGAGCGCUUCUUCGAGGAGCACUGGGCUGACGUGAGCAUCAGAGGGCUGAGAGAUGCUCCUGUUCCUGAAAUCUCAUGCCAUACGCACAGGUGCUUGAUGAGCAGCGCUCAGGCCGCCGAUCGAACUCGGCUCCGGCGUCUUCAAUCGUCUCCGUCGUCGGUGGUGCUGCUGCUGCUCGUGCUGCUCCUCACAGCUCUGUGUUUACAUUCAGCGUGUGGCAGUGCUCUGGGCUUUUCUGGUCUCUGUCAUAUAAUGGAAGGCGUUUCAAGUGAACUCUCCCAGCCGCUCCAUAAGAUGGGGACGUUCUUCUGCUGUCUGCUACAGAACAUGAACACGAAAUUAAACGCUUUUAUUUCUAGUUUAGGAGAAAACACUUACCAGCAUCUGCUUGGCUUUCUCAAAGCACUGCACUCUUUGUUAUUGUAACGUCCACUCACAGUGUUACAUAUGUGACCCUGGACCACAAGACCAGUCAUAAAGGUCUUUAUACAUCAUGUGAAAUCUAAAUAAAUAAGCUUUUCAUUGUUGUAUGGUUUGUAAGGAUACGACAAUAUUUGGCCUUUAAAGUUGUCCAAAUGAAGUUCUUAGCAAUGCAUAUUACUAAUCAAAAAUAAGUUUUGAUAUAUUUACGGUAGGAAAUGUACAAAAUAUCUUCAUGGAACAUGAUCUUUACUUAAUAUCCUAAUGAUUUUUGCCAUAAAAGAAAAAUCAAUCAUUUUGACCCAUACAGUGUAUUGUUGGCUAUUGCUACAAACAUACGACUAGUUUUGUGCUCCAGGGUCAUGUUAAAUUUUUGUGCACAAAAACACUAACAUCUAACAUCAUUGGAUAAGGAUUAGGGUUAGAAUGUUUUUGAAAACAUUCGUAAACAUAAAACCAUUAUUUACAGACAGUUUUGUGACAUAGUCGUGGUCAGAUCCAAUACAGCUGGCACUGCUUCAUCUUCCAACAACAGUUUCUUGUGAACGCUGCAUUAAAUUGUAUGGAUUACAGAACAUUUACAUAAUCCUGGACAGGAGCCAUGUCUCGAUCCCUUUAACGUCAGCUGUUCAGGCAACCAGUGUACUUCAGUUUAGAAGAACGUCGUCUUAUUUUAAACCAUAUAGUUUAAAAUAUAUAAAUUAUAAAACAGUUUGUUACUGAAAAUAAUGAACAGGUCUAUAACUGUAGUACAAGUAAACUACAUUACCAAUCAAAGAUGGCACUGUAGCCAUUUUAGACUUUGGCUGCGUCUGAAAUCGCAUACUGUCUUGAGUAGGUACUUGCAAAAAGAGUACGUCGUAUACGGUUUGAAAUAUAAUCUGGCCGUACUUACAUUUAUGUUGUCGCAUGACCUACCCGAGUCACCGCCAUUCAUAAAUCCUCUCCCGUGGCCUCAUGGGAUAGUCAAGUGUCCAUCAUAUGCACACUUCAGAAUCACGUCAGUAGCAGUUAGGUAUUUUUGCAUACCAUUUCAUGAGUACUAUGAAUUCAGACACUUAUUUUGUCACAUACUGUUUUUCGCCUACUUUAUAGUGGAGGAUUGCAGACCCAACCACUGUGCUCAUAGACACAUGGACCAUACUGACCAGAGGAGCACAACGAGAUGUCUAAAUCAAUCUUUCAAGACAUUUAGGACCUACUUUUUAUCUUAAUUUUAAGGACUUUUAUGUACAUUUCUAGUUUUUUCUACUCUUUGUGCUACUACAUAUGAUUACUAAAAACACUUGCUAUUUGCACUUACUUACUGUGCUCUGAUUCAUGUCAUUCCUGAUGUUAUUAAACAGUUUUAGAGCUCCAGAUGAAUAAAAGCUCUCACA